UGGGAAUCCUCCCGCCGGCAAGGCAGCUCCGUAGACUUGAGAGGGCCUGCUGAGCAUGUGUGAACAGCGCCGCGCAUGCUCUGUGGAGCGGGCAGGUUUACCGAGGCACUAGCAGAGGAUUUUACUACUCUUCUCCUGCUUCCCCCGCCCAGCACGUCCCCCUCCCCUCCUUCCCACUCCUCACCACGCGGUCCCCAGCAUCCACCCCCGCCCCUCCUUCCCACCCCCCUCCCACCCCAAGGCUGGGGAAUCUCCAUUGACGUUCGGGUGACGCGGCUGUGCCGCCGCCGUGGGGGGUUCCAGGCGCCGCACAGGUAACGCCGUCGCUGCCGCCAUAUUGACAGAGCUGGGAGCUGGGAGGGGGCCCGAGGAAGCGGGGUUGAGGGGGAGUCACCACCAAGCGACAGUCGCGGCGGCAGCAGUGGUGAGCACGAGCUGAGCGGCAGCUCUUGGAGAGGCAGCACAGAGUUGUCUUCUCUAUGGGGAGCAGCAGCCUGCGGUGACGGCGACCCCUCGCUCCCAGUCUCUGAAGGACCCCGCGGCGAGGGCAGCUGUCGCUGAAGGCGAGGCUGGGGAUCUCGGCGGCGGCGGCGGCGGCGGCGGCAGUGGCAGGCAAGCUCAAAAGACGGGAUGCGGGGCCGCGCGGGCGGUUGGCAGCUCCUGUUCGAGUGCUCCUGAAGGGGCGAUGCUACCGUUCGCUCCCCAAGACGAGCCCGGGGACCAAGAAAUGGAGGUGUUCGGCGGCAGCGCAAGCAGCGGCGAGUAUGUUUUAGGUAUUAUAGAGAUUUAACAAUGGGUCUCUCUACCUCAGCAAUUUGGAAAAAUACUGGAGUGGAAAUUGUUAAUCCCUAUGAAGUAAAACGAAAGGUGAAGGUGAAUGGUCUUAAAAUGGUUGAUGAGCCAAUGGCAGAAGGAGAAGCAGAUUCUUGCCAAGAUGAAGGAGUUGUUAAAGAAAUCCCUAUUACUCAUCAUGUUAAGGAAGGGUAUGAGAAAGCAGAUCCUGCGCAAUUUGAAUUGCUCAAAGUUCUUGGUCAGGGAUCCUUUGGAAAGGUUUUUCUUGUUAGAAAGAAGACUGGUCCUGAUGCUGGGCAGCUCUAUGCAAUGAAGGUGUUAAAAAAAGCUUCUUUAAAAGUUCGAGACAGAGUUCGGACAAAGAUGGAGAGGGAUAUACUGGUGGAAGUAAAUCAUCCAUUUAUUGUCAAAUUGCACUAUGCCUUUCAGACUGAAGGGAAGCUGUAUUUAAUAUUGGAUUUUCUCAGGGGAGGAGAUGUCUUCACAAGAUUAUCCAAAGAGGUUCUGUUUACAGAGGAAGACGUGAAAUUCUACCUCGCAGAACUAGCCCUUGCUUUGGAUCAUCUGCACCGUUUAGGAAUUGUAUAUCGAGACCUGAAGCCAGAAAACAUUUUGCUUGAUGAAAUAGGACAUAUCAAGUUAACAGAUUUUGGACUCAGCAAGGAAUCAGUUGAUCAAGAAAAGAAAGCCUACUCGUUUUGUGGUACAGUGGAAUAUAUGGCUCCUGAAGUAGUAAAUAGGAGAGGUCAUUCCCAGAGUGCUGAUUGGUGGUCAUAUGGUGUACUUAUGUUUGAAAUGCUUACUGGUACUUUGCCAUUUCAAGGUAAAGACAGAAAUGAGACUAUGAAUAUGAUAUUAAAAGCAAAACUUGGAAUGCCUCAGUUUCUUAGUGCUGAAGCACAAAGUCUUCUAAGGAUGUUAUUCAAAAGGAAUCCAGCAAACAGAUUGGGUUCGGAAGGAGUUGAUGAAAUCAAAAGACAUCUUUUUUUUGCAAAUAUUGACUGGAAUAAAUUAUAUAAAAGAGAAGUUCAGCCUCCUUUCAAACCUGCUUCUGGAAAACCAGACGAUACUUUUUGUUUUGAUCCUGAAUUUACUGCAAAAACACCUAAAGAUUCUCCUGGUUUGCCAGCCAGUGCUAAUGCUCAUCAACUCUUCAAAGGAUUCAGCUUCGUUGCAACUUCCAUUGCAGAAGAAUAUAAAAUCACUCCUAUCACAAGUGCAAAUGUAUUACCAAUUGUUCAGAUAAAUGGAAAUGCUGCACAGUUUGGUGAAGUGUAUGAAUUGAAAGAGGAUAUUGGUGUUGGCUCCUAUUCUGUUUGCAAGCGAUGCAUACAUACCGCUACCAACAUGGAAUUUGCAGUGAAGAUCAUUGACAAAAGUAAGAGGGACCCCUCGGAAGAAAUUGAAAUUUUAAUGCGCUAUGGACAACACCCCAACAUUAUCACUUUAAAGGAUGUUUAUGAUGAUGGUAGAUAUGUUUACCUUGUCACGGAUUUGAUGAAAGGAGGAGAGCUACUUGACCGUAUUCUCAAACAAAAAUGUUUCUCAGAACGGGAAGCUAGUGAUGUACUGUUUAUAAUAACUAAGACAGUUGACUAUCUUCACUGUCAAGGAGUUGUCCAUCGUGAUCUUAAACCUAGUAAUAUUUUAUAUAUGGAUGAAUCAGCCAAUGCAGACUCCAUUAGGAUUUGUGAUUUUGGGUUUGCAAAACAACUUCGAGGAGAAAAUGGACUUCUCUUAACUCCGUGCUACACUGCAAACUUUGUAGCACCUGAGGUUCUUAUGCAACAAGGCUAUGAUGCUGCUUGUGAUAUCUGGAGUCUAGGAGUCCUUUUUUACACAAUGUUGGCUGGCUACACUCCAUUUGCUAAUGGCCCCAAUGAUACUCCUGAAGAGAUACUGCUGCGUAUAGGCAAUGGGAAGUUCUCUUUGAGUGGUGGAAACUGGGACAAUAUUUCAGAUGGAGCAAAGGACUUGCUUUCUCAUAUGCUACAUAUGGACCCACAUCAGCGGUACACUACAGAACAAGUAUUAAAACACUCGUGGAUAACCCACAGAGAUCAAUUGCCAAAUGAUCAGCCAAAUAGAAAUGAUACAUCACAUGUUGUUAAGGGAGCAGUGGUUGCCACAUACUCUGCUCUGACUUGCAAGACCUUUCAACCAGUCCUAGAGCCUGUUGCUGCUUCAAGCUUAGCUCAGCGACGGAGCAUGAAAAAACGAACAUCAACUGGCCUGUAAGAUUUUCAGUGUUCUUCAGGCAAACUGGAUGAAGAGAAAAUUAAAUGUGUAGCUUUUUGUCUAAUCUUAUAUCAAAGGCAUUGUUUUGUGCUACAUUACUUGAAUAUUCUGUUUAAGCUUCCUUUUUUUAGGGGGAGUGAGGUAAAAAACAUAUGCAGGUCCACAAUAUUCAUACUAUGUUGUUUUUCAGCAGUGUCCACUUGUUUAUUUAAGUAUAUAAUUGGUGUCUACAAGGUCCUAACAAUUCUUCUGCACACUAACUUCUUCCUUUCAAAUAAAGUUACUUUAAUAGUUUUUCUGGUUUUGUAAAAUAAUGGUUUGCGGAAUCAUUACCAAGAAUCAAGAUGCAAAUGUAAUAGUAUAAUUCCAAGCAGUGUCGGUAUUUUUUAACAUUAGAUUCUGAAAGGAUAGAUUUUUUUAAUAAGAAAAACAAAAAUGUGUUGUAGAAGCUUGUUAUUGUGUACAACCAAAGUUCUCCAUUCAUUUGACUCUGUAAUUACUAAAAUGUAAACAGUAGUUUGGUGCCACAGCAAAAAUCAUUUGUGCUAAUAUGUGAACUCCUGUUAUGGUUGGUGCCAAAGUUUUACAGAAGAAUUAAAUCACAGAUAAUGUGUUCAUACAAACCUAUAUAUUAUCCAUAAGUGGCCUCAUCUAGAAAUAAAGGUUUCCAUAAGGCUUCUGUAAAUGUUACAUCUAAUGGAAUUGUAGUACAAGUGAAGAAUUUUUUAGCCAAAGGCUUUAUAUUAGUGUUGUAAUCUACUAAAUAGGUCAUAGUUAAGCCUUUGAAAAUAAAGUACAUGGUGUUGGCACUUCCUUGGCGUUAUGUAAGCUGACUUUCAAGUUAACCAAUUGGAUUUAAUCAUCAUCUGUCCCGUUUAUAAUGAACUACACUGUUGUUUUUUAGACUUCAUGUGCUUUGAAUUACAGUGUAGCAUAUUAAUCUAAUUUGAAUCCUUUGGUCAUAUAGUUGAAAUUUUACUGUAGUGGACUUGUGGGCUUAGCACACAUAAUAUAAUUGUAACACAUUUCGGUUAACUUUGGACAAUGAUACAUAAUAGUAAUACUUCCAUAAGAUAAAGUGUCCUUUUAAAUAGGCGGUAAUAUUAAUGAUCUACAUAAAAUUUGAACACAUUUUAAAAUCUUAUUCAUUGAAAAAAAGAUCUGGCCAAAUUGGUCCUAUUAUUAAAUUUUAUGAUUCAGAACCACUGCAUAGUAUGUAUUGUUUUAUCUAAAUUAUGGAAUUUUUGGGAAUCUUUUUGUGUUAUUGAAGAAAAUACCAUUACUACUAACUACUACUGCUGCUGCUACUGCUACUGCUACUGACAGAAAGAAUUCAUGAAUGUAAACUGGAGGAUAUUACACUUUUGUUUAGUGAAUAUAAGCGAUCUACUUGUGUGUGCUUUAUACACUGUUGUGUAUUUUAUUUUGCUUAAUUCAGAGAGAGAGGUGAUUAGUGAGUGCUGAAGUAUACAGUUUAGGGAAAGAGACUUGUAACUUGCAUAUAUAAUAAAAGAAACUAUACAUAAUUCUCUUUAUAAUGUAAGUGAUAUAUAUUCCAUGCACAAAGAUCUGUUUCUUGUGUGUGAUGUAUAAAAGUAUGUAUCCUUAUUUUGAGGUGUCUUUUUGCAAUAAGUGAAAGACAUUAAAAACAUCUAAUGUUACAUGGAAAACAUUACUUAGAAGUGUAACUGGGAUCAUAACUUCUGGAUUUUUAUGCCCCAGUCUGGCUUUUUAUUUUCUCAUUUUGCUUUAUUACUAGAAGUACUUGCAUGUGACAAUUUAUGUCCUUACAUUCUGACUUAUUCCCAUCUUGUCAUUAUCUUGUUUGUGCUGUUAUGUCUUCUUAUCAGAAUUGGUAUGACAAAGUCAGAGGUAUGAUUUUGGUCUUCAGCUUUUCAGAACAAAGAUACUAUUUCCAUCUAUGCUUUUGUAUUAAUAGAAUUAGAGUAAGUGCAGUUGGAAAAUGAAAAAUGAUCACAAAAUAACUUUCAGUUUUUCCAUAAUCAGUAGUUUUUAAAAGUAGAUGAUCUUAAUUUCUCAAUGAUUUUUCUUUGAAAGGUUAUGUCAUACAGUCCUUUCAUGAAAGGAACAUUAUCAGAACUAAGUAAUGAACAGCAUGAUUCUGUAUCACUCAAGUGAGGAUUGACAAUGUGGAAAAGACACAUAUAUGCUAGUGGAUUUUCCCAAUAAUUGUGUGAGAGUUUUCUUCUGGAAAAUUCAAAUAUGGUAGCUUAACAACAGUAAUAGGGGGCAACCUAUUAUAAGGGAAAGCUUGAUAUUACACCUUCAUUCUGUAGAACGAACCCAGGUACAGAUGCCUAAUCAUGUCCAUUUUGGCUGAAACUAAUUUAGAACAACAAAUCAGAAAUGAAUGAGACAAUUUUUGAUGGGGGUUCUAUAAAUGCCUAACCAGUAAAAACAAAUCCUUUCUAUGAGACUUUACAAUACUGUAGUUUCUGAUGGAUUUGUGAACACUUAUUUUGCAUUGUUUUUCUUUUUAAUUGAUGGUUCUUGGUAGUAUUUAAUGAUAGCACAGUUUGGGGUUAUUAUUGUUCUGGAGAGGAGAGGAUAUUGUAUCUUUUUUCCUCAAAGGGAAAACACCAGGUUUGCCCAGAUAGACAGAACUAUCUCUUGUCCUAAAGCACAUAUUAUCAUGAAUAAACUCAGGAAACCAUUUGUAAGAAAAUUUAAGUGUAGUGCUUGUGUUGGUGAUUUUGUGGGAAACAAUAAUGGUUUUAAUUCUUUUAUGAAAAUCAAACUUUAGCCUAUUUUCUUAGAUUCAUGAAUGCCUAACCAUUGAUUUUUGUAAUGUAUUGCCAUUGGUAAUUAAACAUAGUCAAAUAUUUUGAUAGCACCUCUAGUUAGCCCAAAGGGAUUUCAUAUGUAUAGGCAACUCAAAUCUUGAUGUUUGUAAUGUCUUCUCUUUGAAACAUCAUGUUAAAAUAAUAGUACUUCCCGCAGAAACUUAUUUAUACUGAUUGAAUAGUAUUUUCCUGACAGUAAGAGGCCCUUCAUUUAUGAAGAAGGAAAAGAACCACUUACUUUGGCAUUAAGAUCAACUAAAAAGCUUACGCUUUAAACUAGGCAAAGUAUGUCUUUGGUAUUCUCUACAUUCUCUUUCUCCUGGCUUUCCAGCUCCCACAUGCUAUCCUACUUGAGUACUUCACAGAGGACUCCAUGAUUAAAGCUUCCUCCAGAAGGAGUCUGUGCUCCAAAAGAACCUCCCACCCUUCUCCUUCCCUGAAUCAGAACUUCAUUCUUUCAGAGCAGCUAUUUUCAGCAAAAAAAAAAAA